UAUUAAGAGAAAAAAGUUGUUAUCUCAGAUGAAAAAGUAGUCAUUUUAAGAGAAUAGUGUGGUCAUAAGGAAAAAUAACAUUUACAUAACUUUAGUAGCAUCAAGUUGAAAAAUGAAAGAAAAAUAUUUAUUUUUCAGUUGCAAUAUUAUUAGAAACAAACAAAACAAAAUAUAUAUAUAAAAUAAAUAUAUUUAGGAAAAAAAGAGGCAAAAAUUGGGGGGAAAGAGCAAAGCGCAAUAUUACUAAUAUAUGUUUUCAUUUAUAUCACAAAUCUGAGAUGCACUUUUUUUCCUUCUAAACAUAGCAUUAGUAUGUGGCCCUCAGUGGAAAAAGUUUGGUAAACUCCUGUUUUAGCAUGAUAAAAAAUUGUGACAGUUACUUUUAUUUUUUGUUUGUAUGCACAAGCUGGAAAGGUUUGGACAACCCUGACCACCACAAGCUCAAUACCACACAUAAACCUCAGCUGCAUUGAAUAUUGCUCAGUGUGUAUGCAUAUAAAAUGUUGUGAGUGAAAAUAGAGUAUAAUGUCUAUAUCCACAGCCUCCUUCAGUUUUUCAGUUCAGAGUUCAGUUCAAAUGUGCAAAAUAGGUGUCCCAAGUGUAUUUUGCAACAAAAUAACUUAAUGUCGACAUCAUGACAAAAUAUCCUGUAAUGAAUAGCAUGAAAGCAACACGAGUAAAUGUGUUUGUCUUUUACUGUUAUUUGCAUAAUGUUUUUUAUGUCUUUAUGCAUUUAAAGAGCAACAUGUGCAUUUUUGCUUUUUAGUGCCCCCUAAAGGUGAACUACAUCAACUGACUCCAAACUGGGUAAUGUGGUGAGCAGCUGUUUUUACGUUCAUUUUUUUGGUGAAUUUAAUAUUUUAAUUAUUAAUAUUAUUAAUAUUUUAUGUUCAUUGAGUUCUAUGCCAUAGGUCUAAAUGAACACUUGCCGAUCCAUGGAAAACUUUUAAGGAGCAGUGAUUAAAAAAAGACAAGUUAAAGAAUACUUUUGUACAUCACUAAUCAAUUCAUACCAAAUUAAAACUGUUACACACUGUUAAAAGGCCCAUAGUUUUAGCAUGUUUGUGUCGAUUUGUUUCAUGAUUUGCCGAGAAGCGUAUUUUCCCGGCGGUUGUCGAACGCACCACCCGUGGCUCAAAGAGACAAAGUGAACGUUUCUUCUAUAAAUCGACAUUUAUAUUUUUCCCAUUCUUUUUCUGUUCUUCUUUCACAUCAUCCUUUCCCUAAAUUUUGGAGCUGGGUGUGAAUGCACAAAGGACAAUACUUCAGGUAGUACUUUGAAUUUCUGUAAUCAGAAAUGUGACUUCCGGGCUCACUAAAGUGUAGUUCAUGUUAAAGCCAUACAACACCUGGCAGAAUCCAAUACAAAGCAACAAUGAAAAAAGCAGAGGAACAAAUGUCCCUGAAAAUGGGGGCAGAUGAAGAAGCUGCUCUUCCGAGCUCAAUCAUCCCUCCAAAACGUUCCAAAGUAAGCCCGGAGCGAGGACCUGCUCAUCCAAGCCCAACUCCGCCGAUAUUUACACGCAAAAUGCGGAACGCCGCCGUUGGGACAGGUUGUGACAUCCGGCUCAAGGUGACUGUGUCUGGAGACCCCCAGCCUUCCCUCUACUGGUACCACAAUGACGACCUACUCAACAUGGAGAACCAGGAAUACGGAGGCCUCUGGAUUAGGGAUUGCAAACCCAGUGAUGCUGGCCUGUACACCUGCAUUGCCAAUAAUCACCUGGGAGAGGCCCGGAGCAGUGCAGUACUGGCUGUCUUGGACCUUGGUGAAGAAUCCGACACAACAGAGGAUGAAGGAGAAGAGCAAUUUGAGACCAAAGACGAUAGUGUGGAUGGUGAGGACCAUGCUGUGCACACAGUAAUGGAGUAUGCAGAUGAUGAAACCAGAACACAAGAAGAUUUAACCAAAACAAGGAGACAGUCAAAUGAUUCUCCACCACAAGUUCUCCCACCCCCAUCCCCAAGACUCGCCAAACGCACCUCCACCUCUCCAAUGCCAAGUCGCUCUGGUUCUACUACACCCCUCAGCUUGCGUAAGAAAGCUGUUGUGCCAACAGACUAUCAAGACACAGUGCCCGCAGAGUUUGAAGAAAAGGUUAAAAUUCCAAAACCUAUGUCCCAAAGUAACACCCAGUAUUCUCGACCACAAACUCCGCUGAGUGAGUACUCCCGGAAAGAGUUGACACCCAGACCAUCCCCAAAGCUUACUAGGGCAAGCUCAAAGGUUUUUGAGAAGGUUCGUGACUUAGAAGAGAGACGACGAAGCCUAGACUUUCCGGAAGGUUCCGUAUCAGGGAGAUCCUGGGCAGGGUUCAAUCGAGCAGGUUCAGUUGACUCAGAUGAUGGAGGUAGCCGGUUGGGUAUUUCUAGAGAAAGUUCCAGGGAAGAUCUGAGAGAAGCUCUCAAAGAAGAUGCAGCUGAACGUAGAUCUAUGUUUAAACAGAGAGCUGCUUCGCUUGAGGAGAAACCUCGCUAUUCUCAAAAGGUUCAGGACAUUGAGAACAAGUUCACAGAGGAGCUACAGCGUAUCAAAAAACUUGUUGGUAAACCUCAUUUGAAGAAAUCAUUUUCAACCGAACAGCUCACUUUGAAGGCCAGACAGCGCCAGCCUUUCCGGAAAAUAGAGCCCAUUCCCCCACAAGUCCUUCAAAGACUUCAAGAAAGGGAACGAUCUCAGUGGGCAAAAGAGCAAAAACAAAAUGGACUAAAUCAGCAGUCAGUGCAGCAAACCCAGGAACAGCGGCAUUCCCAAAUCCAAAAGAGUGCAAGUAGUGGUGUAGCACAUGUUCUUCCAGAGUCCAUGCAGCUAUCUGACCUACCGGGACAACAAUCCAUUAGAGAACUUAGCAGAGUCAGUCCAGUUACUGAAAUCAUUCAGAGAUCAUCAUCGCCAGCAUUAUUCAAUCAACAGAUGGAGGACUCACCAAGUAAAACUAAUCCUGAAACGAUCAUACGGAAACUUGAGAAAAGGCCCCCAAGUCCACUUGUACAGAGGGUUUCCAGAAUACAAGAAUCCCCACAUGUCCCUGAAUCUCCUAUGCAAACACAACAAAAUGAGGCUUUAGGUAGAAAGACCACAAUAGAUGUUACACUGAGAAAAAUUGAAAACAGACCAGAAAGUCCACUAGUACAAAAAAGGAUUGUCCCCAGACCUGAAAGUCCACUAGUACAAAAAAGGGUUCACACUGUACAAGAACCUUGUUCUCAAGCACCCCCCAAGCCCCCAAGGAUGACACCAGCAAAUCCAACAGGGGUGGAGCUUCCAAAACAACCGUCCAAUAUAAACAUCCCCACAAUUGUUGUUGAAGAUGAAAAAGUAAAGGAAGAUGUUCCUGUGGUGACACAUCAACAUCAACAGUACAAAGAGGGACAACAACGGAAGAUCAAAGUAAAGCACCGUCGCCCACGACCUAUGUCUCCUGAAUUGGAUUCUUCAGAUGAUUCCUAUGUAUCUGCGGAAGAGGACCCAAUGGAAGCACCUGUGUUUGAGUUUCCUCUUCAAGAUACAGUAGCAACGUCUGGCUCAAAUGUACUGCUAAAAUGUAUCAUUGCAGGCUCUCCUUUUCCGGAAGUUACAUGGACAAAAGACAAUGUUGAGAUUAGCGGCUUUUCCAAUUAUGCAGUCAAAGUGGAAGGUGAACGACAUAGUCUACUCAUAAAAUCAGCAAAAAUAGAUGAUGGUGGAAAAUACAGUGUUACUGCCGUGAACCAAGAGGGUAAAGUGACCAGCAGUGCUACCCUCACAAUUAAAGCAGAACCCAUUCAGAAAUCAAAGGGGGUACUGGGUGUUCCCAUGGACAUCAGCAGCCCCAUCACAUCCGAUGAGGAGUACCUCAGUCCUCUGGAGGAAGCCAUAGAUUUUAGUUCAGAGCCAAGGAGGAUACUUGACACAACAUUUAAGAAAGCCCCUGCAUUUAUGGUGACAAUGACGGAUCAAGUUGUUGUUGAAGGACAGGAGGUUACCAUGUCUGUACGAAUAAGUGGACAACCAAAACCCUUACUUUAUUGGCUGAGAGACAGAGUUACGGUAAAAACUGGUCCACGCCACAUUGUCCGCGAGACAGACAACGACACUUUUGAAAUGACCAUCAAGUCUGCAGUGAGGUCGGACACAGGGAUUUACACCUGUAAGAUCAUUAAUGAGUAUGGGACAAAGCAAUGUGAAGGCAAGCUGGACGUAAAGGCUCCACCGGUUGAGCCAGGCUUGGCCAUCAUCCGUCCUGUCAAAAACAUCAAAGCAAAUGCAGGAGAUACGGUACUGUUUGAGUGUCACAUCGUGGGUCCCAAAGACACUGAUGUGGAUUGGCUGGCAGAUGGAAAGCUAAUCCAGCCUGCGUUGCUUAACUGUAAGAUGCAUUUUGAUGGAAGAAAAUGUCGCCUGCUGCUUAAUUCAGUACAUGAGGAUGAUAGUGGCAAUUACACGUGCAAGCUCAGUACAGCUAAAGAGGAAGUGACCUCUAGUGGGAAACUCAAAGUGAUUCCUUCAGCCGAACCUCUCUUUACACGCAAACUUGAUGUUCUGGAAGUCAUUGAGGGGCGCAACGCUCGAUUUGACUGCAAAGUUAGUGGGACCCCACGCCCAAAGGUUGUCUGGACUCAUUUUGCAGAUCAUCCCCUCACAGAGAGUGAGGACAUUCGUAUCCUUCAGGAGAAUGGUCGUCACUCCCUCAUCAUUUCUCAUGUGACCAAUGAUGAUGAAGGCUUCUAUACUGUAACAGCCACUAACAGUCACGGUGAAGCAGAAUGUUCUGCUGAACUUUACAUACAAGAGCCACGACCGGCCAUCUCUUCACAAAUGGCUAAAUUAGAGAAGAUGCCAUCCAUACCAGAGGAACCUGAGGUCCCUGAGAAUGAGGUUGAGCGGUUUACAAUGCCUGACUUCAUUAAACCCCUUUAUGAUCUGGAUGUCAUUGAGGGAAAGGAGGCUGUGCUCAAAUGUAAAGUGGCGGGAUUACCAUAUCCGACCAUUGCGUGGUUCCACAAUGGCAGAAGAAUUGAAAGCACAGAGGACAGGAAGAUGACACAAUUUCGGGAUGUCCACAGCCUGGUCUUACGGUCGGUGUGUCAUGCACAUGGUGGCGUGUACAAGAGUGUCAUAUCUAACAAAAUAGGCAAGGCCACCUGCUAUGCUCAUCUGUAUGUCACAGAUAUCCUUCCUGACCCUCCUGAUGGGACUCCAGUGAUUGAAACAAUAACUGGCAAAGUUGUCACCCUCAGCUGGAAGAAGCCAAGGAGACUGGACCCCUCCAUUGAGCCCAAAUCCUUGAUGUAUGCCAUCCAGCAACAAGCCCUUGGUUCCAUCCAAUGGACCAUAAUUGCAUCAGGCCUGAAGGAGACCACCUAUACCAUCAGCACUUUGUCCAAAGGUGUGCGCUAUUCUUUCAGGGUCUUGACCAUCACCUCCAAGGCCUUUAGCAAGCCCUCACCAGCUACAGAUCCAGUUAUACUGUUGGACAGAGGCCCUUAUCUUCAAGAGGCUCCAGUCAUUGUUGAUAAACCGGAAGUGGUGUUUGUGAUGGAAAAUCAGUCAGUAACCAUCGCCAUCACCAUAAAUCACGUCAACGCUGCCGCCAUCUGGAAAAGGAAGGGAGCGGUUUUAGACAACAAAACUGGUGUACACGAGAUGGCAAUGCCAGAUGAUGACCAGCACACACUCAAAUUGAUGAAAAUAAGGAGUUCUGACAUUGGGGAGAUGAUGUUUGUGGCCUCCAACAAGUAUGGGAGUGAUAGUUGCACCUUUACUGUGGAAAUGGCAGCUCCUCCAACAUUUGAAACUAUAAUGGAGGACAUUGAUGUGUGUUGCGGAGAGACCCCUCGCUUUGUUGUUGUUGUGGAAGGCAGACCAAUUCCUGACAUUCUCUGGUUCAAGAACGAUGUUCUCCUGUCCGAGGGCAGUCAUUACACUUUUGUGUACGAUGAUAAUGAAUGUUCCCUGGUGGUUCUUAAUGCUUGUCAAGAAGACUCUGGUGUGUACACCUGCACUGCAAGGAACUUGGCAGGCUCUGUGUCCUGCAAAGCCGAACUCACGGUUCAUGAAGCUUUGAGCAAGGAGGAGCCGAUGGAAGAUGAGGGCACUAUUCUGAGGAAACUGCGACGACUAACUGACCAGUAUGAUACUCACAAGGAAAUUGGAAGAGGUGCAUUUUCCUACAUAAAACGUGUGACCCGGAAGGUUGACAAAAUGGAGUACGCUGCCAAGUUUAUUUCCACACGGGCCAAGAAGAAAACCUCUGCUCUACGAGAGAUGAGCCUCCUCUCCAAGAUGGAUGAUGAGCGAGUUAUCUUCUUUUAUGAUGCCUUUGAAAAGAAGAACGCAGUCAUCAUCAUCACUGAAAUAUGCCACGAGGAGAUGCUUGAGAGAUUUACACGUAAAUCUACGCUAUUGGAGUCUGACGUACAUUUUUGUAUUAGACAGUUGCUUGAGGGUGUGGACUACCUUCAUCAUGUCAACAUCAUGCACCUUGAUAUUAAGCCUGAUAACAUCCUUAUGGCAGACGCACACAGCGAUCAAAUCCGAAUCUGUGACUUUGGCAAUGCAUUGGAGAUCACUCCAGAUGAGGCUCAGUACUGCAAAUAUGGCACACCAGAAUUUGUUGCUCCGGAAAUUGUCAAUCAGACUCCUGUGUCAAAAGCAACUGACAUAUGGCCAAUUGGAGUUAUUGCAUACCUGUGUCUGACAGGGGUUUCUCCAUUUGCUGGUGAAAAUGACCGCAGUUCUGUGAUGAACAUCAGAAACUAUAAUGUGGCUUUUGAGGAGAACAUGUUUGCUAAUCUUUCAAGAGAGGCCAAAGGUUUCAUCAUUAAACUGCUGGUUGCAGACAGACUGAGACCAGACAGUCAAGAAUGUCUCCGACAUCCCUGGUUCAAGAUUCUUAGUAAGGGAUCAGCUAUAAAUACAGAAGCAAUGAAGAAGUUUAUAUCCCGCAGAAAAUGGCAGCGUUCAAUAAUCAGCUACAAAUCUAAAAUGGUCAUGAGGUCCAUUCCUGACCUACUGAAUGAUUCCUCAAGUCUCAUCUCCAUUGCCGUUCCCAGGCACCUUAAAGAAGCCUCACCUUUACCUUCAUCGUCCUCAGAUUCGGAUGAAGACAUUGAUGAACUUCCUUUUAUCCCAAUGCCACUUAACAUGGAAUUUUCUGGAUCAAGGAUGUCACUGAAUGACAUCCAGACCAAUGAGAAUGACUCAGGGAAGCAGAAUGGAACCAAACGGUCAGUGUCUACCACUGAAGAGACAAUGGAACAUUACAAAAUAGAAACGGACAAGGAUAGGCCCGAGUUGACAGGUAAAAGGUGCCAGCAAGAGGGAACAUUAAAUGAUAAUAAAACUGACUCCUCAUAUGAAGAAUCACCUGCUGAACUGCCUACAACAGCUCUUAAAAGAAAGCCUCUAAAAAGAGGUUCAAGUAUGGAGUCAGACAAACCUGAGGGUGGACGAAGAAAAGGAGAGCUAAGGCGGGGAAGUUCAGCUGACAGUGCUUUGCUACUGAGGAUUACACCAGAGGAAGGAGGUACUGAAGGAAACCAAGAGGGGGGAAGAAAAGUUCUCAAGAAAGCUGUCUCCAUGGAACUACCAAAGCGAAGCACCAGUCCAGGAACUGCCAAGAUGAGUCAAGAAGAUUAUGCCCUUAAACUGGAGCUUAUGAGGCAACGGUUGCUUCGUGGUGGUUCUGUGGACAAGAAGAUGAGUGGACUCCGAGGUCCUCUUUUAGAAACAUUAGGAAUGGGUGAUGAAAAACUUGGAGUUACCUCAGAUCGCUAUUCCCGCACCACCCGACUAAGCCCUGCUUCACUGACUAGAGCAGCAUCCAGUGAUUUGCAAAGAGAUGAAAUUUCAAAGCCGAAGGUUCUGAGCAAAAGUUCUUCCUUCAGUCAAGGUGAUUCAGAACCGAUACCUUUACACAGAAGGUCCGGGGCUCCGCUUGAGAUUCCUGUGGCACUGGUUGAAGAGCGAAAACUCAAACAAGCGAUAUCAAUGUCAGCUCUCACUGAGCAAUCAAAGUUUGACUCCCGUCCAGUUACCCCACGAGAGCCUUCACCAAAACCGCCAACGCCAGAGUAUGUUGUGCAGGACAGUCCUAUUCAAACGGGAAGCAAGGACUCAUUAAUGGAGAAAGAGACAAAGCCUGAUGAAACUACAAGUGAAAAGAUGGAUGGGGUGACUGCAGAUAUAGGUAAUUUUGAUGAGAGGUCAAGCACAAGUGGCUUCUCUGAGAAGGACAUGAGCAUAUCUGAGGAUUUAAUGAAUGAAUCAGAGUUUGUCUGCAACAUAGAUCUUUCACAAAACACUGACCUCAAGGAGAAAAUGGAAGAAAUAGAGGCAAAAGAACAAGAACAAAAAGAACAGAUCGUGAAAGAAUGUGAAGAAGGAAUUUGCAGUGCAGCUUGGCCAAGUGUUCAUGAGAAAAAGACACAAGAGAAUGAAAUAAUUUCCUUGAAUUCAUCUACCACAAGACCAACACAAGAAUCCUCUACCACCACAACUAAUGUUUCACCUUAUUCAACAGUGUCAUCUACUGUGCCUGUUGUUCUUCCAGAUGGACGGACUUCUGCAUAUGCUAGUAUUAUGCAGACAAUCAUGGUCCCUUCUCUCCAGCCACUCAGUGACAUGCCACUCAGUCCAUCCACACCUGUCGUUGUUCCUGAAACCAUGUUGUCUCCCUUAUCUCCUGCUGUACCUGGUCCACCCAAACCACACAUUCUGUCAACAAAUGAGCAUCCAGCUGUAUACUCCCGAGUGGCUUCACCGGAAACAAUAACAAAAGAUCCUAGCCCACCAAAGACUGCAACAAGUCAGCCAUCUGCCGGAAUGGACCUUGAGGACAUUACCUCUGAGGAGGUAUUUGAGUCCCGCUUCAAAAAACGUGAGUCUUCCCUGACGAGAAGUUUAAAAUUUUUGUCUCGAUCAAAGAAUGAUGACAAAUCCCAAGUUAUACCAACAGACUCGAGAGAGUCAGGCGAGGUUGUAUAUAGACCCAGUCCAAUGGGUGCACCACUGGAAUUGACACCAAGGAAACUUGAGGAGAAGUCCAAAUCAGUUCAGGACCUUCGUGAAGCUCAGAAGGACCAAGGUUUUAUGAGAAGGCUUUCUCUGCGGCUGAAGAGAACACCCUCAACCGAGCGCAAAGAGGAAGUGACCAAAGAAGAAGAUACAGUGCCCUCAAGACGUAGGCUAUCUUGGACUCUUGGACGAAAGCAAGACAUACAAGACAAGAAGGAAGUGGAGAUGGUGCGCAUGGAUGGUGGGAGUAAUUCCUCUCUUCAAAAAGAGGAAAAUGAACCGAAAAAGCCGAAUGAAUCUCCAGUCUUAACAAUGCGCAGGAAGAUUGAGUCAACAGUGGCUGGCAUCUCAACCAGAAUUCGCAGCUUCUCCGAGGAACGGAAAGCAUCAGAAGAGAAGGAACCAAAGAAGACACCAAUUCUGUCCAUGCUUCGUCGGGCAACAUCAGAGAGCCGUGGAAUGAAAGCCACUAAUGUUCCUCGGAACCAGCUGGCAUCUCAGGCCAGUAAUGGGGCCUCAUCUGAGUCAUUGGAUUCAAUGUCCAGUUUAAAGUCAGACACAUCAAAGGGCAUUGAAGGGGAGGGAAGAUCGCGCUGGGAUCGAUGGGGUCUAACCAGGGGUAGACGAUCCAAGACUGUUUCACAACCUGAUAUUCCAACAGCUAUCUCUCGAGAAGCAAGUUCUCUAGCAUCACGUCAGUACUCUAGAUUGGCUUCUGAUUUCCCUCCAGUUUUCCACAUUAAGCUAAGAGAUCACGUCCUGCUAGAGGGGGAUCCAGUUACACUCAGUUGUUUGCCUGCAGGCAGUCCACACCCACAAAUCAACUGGAUGAAAGAUAAGAAACCUGUGGUGAUAGAUGCAAGGAUGAACAUGAUAGCCUGCCCCGAUGGCCGACAGCUUCUGAUGAUCAUGCAGACCACCAAAAAGGAUGCAGGGGUCUACGAAUGUGUUGCAACAAACCCCAUAGCUUCUGUUUCCAGCUCAUGCACAAUCUCUCUUGCACGUCUGCCAAAUCGACCUGGAACACCUGAGAUUCCUCAAAAGUACAACAACACAGUCUUGGUGCUGUGGAGACCCUCUGACACCAUGGCACCUUGCACGUAUUCUCUGGAGAGGAAAGCAGAGGGAGAGUCAAACUUCUUGAUUGUGGCUACAGGAGUGGCAGACUGUUAUUACAAUGUGGCUGACUUACCAGCAGGGGGCAUCUUCAGAUUUAGGGUGGCUUGUGUCAAUAAAGCUGGUCAAGGCCCAUAUAGCAACCUCUCUGAAGUAGUACGCCUGGAUGCCUCAGAACCAGCUGAGUCCAGUGCAACAGUGGUUGUAAAGACCACAGCUGCAUCAGCUCCUCAACCCCCCGUGGUGAUGAUGUCAUCCAUGAAAAUUCCACCAAUGAAACCAGUUCCAAAUAAAGCCAUGACACAGACAUUUGCCCAACCUGUCCCUUCCUCCACUGCAGGUCCUUCACCAUCUGAAAAACCUGCUUCUUCCAAAACCAUGCACCCAACUACACAGGUUGAGUUGAACGCACCAGCUCCAACACCCUCUAUUAUUGCAGCCCCUUCGGAACAAGCUCCUGCUCAGACCAACACUGUUGUUCAAACAACAGCAGGGAAAACAAAGUCUACCCUUAGCAUCAGUGUGGGCAAACCCCAAACCAAGGUGACCCCUCCACCUGUUGUUCCACCGAAACCUCAGACUCCUGCUAAGGCAUCUGUGACUAUUAGCAAUAAAGCUCCCUCACCUACACCUCCAAUCAUAGGGAAGCCCAUUUCCUCUGUACCAAUGUAUACACCAGCUGCAAGCGCUCAUGCCACACCAUCUUGUCAAUCCACUCCAACAAUCACCACCCCCUCCGCCAUCUCUCCACCUGUGGUAGUGGUACAGAGCUUAACACCUGUGCUGCAAGGAGGGGACAGUCGUGGUACCCCAUCUGGACGAGUCACCCCAGCAGGACGGGCCACACCCUCUGGACGCAGGACGCCACUUGGCAAGGCUGGAGAGGGAUAUCUGCGUCAGGGAGUUCCACAGAAACCCUACACAUUCAUGGAUGAGAAAGCAAGGGGCCGCUUUGGUGUGAUCCGGGAGUGUCGUGAAAACGCCACAGGAAACCUUUUCAUGGCCAAGAUUGUACCUUAUGAAGCUGAAAACAAGCAGGUGGUGCUGCAAGAAUAUGACAUCCUCAAGUCACUUCAUCAUGACAAGAUCAUGGCACUGCACGAGGCUUACGUCACACCACGCUACCUGGUGCUUAUCUCUGAAUACUGCAGUGGGAAGGAGAUUCUGCAGAGCCUCGUAGACAGGUUCCGUUAUUCAGAGGAUGAUGUGGUCAGCUAUAUUGUGCAGGUCCUCCAGGGUUUGGACUACCUUCAUACAAGAAGAAUUCUCCACCUGGACAUCAAGCCUGAGAACAUUAUUGUCACGCAUAUGAAUGUCAUCAAGAUUAUUGACUUUGGCAGCGCUCAGAACUUUAAUCCACUUUUCCUCAAGCAGUUCAGCCCACCGGUUGGAACACUGGAGUACAUGUCUCCCGAGAUGUUGAAAGGGGAUGUGGUGGGACCUCCAGCUGACAUCUGGAGCGUGGGUGUGAUAACAUUCAUGAUGCUGAGUGGAAGGUCACCUUUCUUGGAAAAUGAUCCCCAGCAGACUGAGAUGAAGAUACAAGCUGCAAAGUUUGACCUCUCAAAACUCUACCAAAAUGUGUCCCAAAGUGCCUCACUGUUUCUCAAAAAGAUCCUCUGUAGCUACCCUUGGGCCCGUCCCUCUAUUAAGGACUGCUUUAAUAAUUCUUGGCUUCAAGAUGCCUACCUGAUGCGUCUUCGCAGGCAGACCCUGACUUUUACAACAAUGCGUCUCAAGGAAUUCUUGGCCGACCAGCAGCACAGGCGAGAGGAAAUGGCAACUAAACACAAAGUUUUGCUUCGAUCUUACCAGAGCUCUCCACAAACCCCCACCAGUCCCAUCACACCGAUUGUGCCAACUUUCCCUGUUCCCCAUUAAAAUAGGAGUUGACAAAAUGUGAGCAUCAAAAAUGUUAAACUCUAAGCUGCUAGGUGAAGUAAAGCCUUCAGGUCAAAGUUGUUGAACUUGGUUGACAAAAGGACAAAAAACACCAAGCUACAAAUUGCCUGAAUGCAUUUUUUAAAGGUAAACUAACUUUGUAUCCUGCUGGAUGUUACCUCAAUGUUUGUAACUUUGGAUGCAUUUUGGAUAGAUAUUAUUACAACUGGCAACAUGUUCACAUGCACACUCACAAACAACACACGUAAGGUCUACACUGACUUCUUAAACAUUGCUUUGUUUAAAAAUCGGGGGUAAAACAUUUCAAGUGAGAAAGCUCCUUCCCUUUAUAAACAACCUUGUGUGUAUGCUAACAGUUUUUUUGGAGACAUUUUGAGUUUUCAAAUAGUAUUCUUAGGUCAUCAAAUACUUUUGUGGUUGUGCUACAAGGCCUCGAAGAGAGGACUCUUAACAAGAAGGCCAGUAAUUGGUUUUUCAAUCUCAGGAGAUUGAUUGAUUUCUACAUGGUGUAAUUUGUUCAAAAUAAUAUUCCACUCAACAGCAGAAGUAGAUAAACACCUUGGUGACCUCCAUCUCAUAUCUUUAGUUCUUCUCAUGGUGACAUGUAGUGAUUUAGUGAAUCCAUCAGUUUAUUCUCGGCCUCUUUGCAUGACGUUCAAGAUAUGCUUUCUUAUUCUAAUUAAAUAAAUAAGUACAGGAAGACACGUGACACACAUGGUAUAUUGGAGUACAUAGUUGCCCUCCGUUGUCCUCACACAAAUGGCAAUUUAAUUUCCCUGGGGGCACUGGCCUAGGAAUGAAUACAAUUCUAUAGGAUCUCAUUUGUAAUGCAGUGGUUUUCAACUGGUUUGGCCAUGGAGCCCAACAACAGCUCUUUUUGGCAAGCGAGACGCAUAUUUUUCAACUAAAUUCAAUACUGUGCUGUAUGCCAGCAUAGAGAACAUUUCAGGAACAAUCCAAUAACUCAAAAUUAUGUGAAAAAAGGUUUCUGUAGAGGUUUUUUUCUCUUGCUCCUAAUCUAGUUCUCUACUUGCUAGCUCAGCUGACAGAUAACAGGUUCUCAACAAUGAUUUCAGUUGAGUUCUAUUUCAGAGCUUUUACUUUGAAGGAUUGUCAAACUGAGAUACAGAAAAAAAGCAUGUUAAUUAUAACUUACAAAUGAUACCAAGUACUUGUGUGUGACACGCAACAGAUGUCUUUUAAACAUGCGCUGGCUCGAUGCUUCUUUACAUUCAAAAUCCCCAUGUUAGCAUUAGCAAUUUCACAUCAUCGGGAUUUUGAACACCUACAAAUACUAAAUAGCUACAUUCCACUUACACAGCUUAUACAGUGUUCCCGCGUUACCUCGCAGUUCACCUUUUUUUUUUUUUUUUACAGCAUAUGAACGUGGAUUGUGUUCUGCGUCCUGAUCGGCUAAGUGAGAACCCAUACAUUGUGUUCUGUGUUCUGAUUGGUUAAGGGACUGUACACAUGUCAAUCAAAACAUCGAAACAUUCUGCCUCUGUCAAAGGCACCUGCGGUGGCACCCAAAAAGUAAAGGUGGACGGUAACGUUGCAGCUGGAGAUGCCAUUACGGUAGCAGGAAGGAAAAUGACCAUGUACUUUAACAAGGACACAAAAACACUACAAUACAGUGGACCGGCGCCAGAAGAGGCAUGGUCAGAGGAGUGAAAUACACAAUAGUGAAUUAAUAAUUUCUUAUGUCCAACCAUGUAGGUUCAUCAAGUGCUCAAACCAAAAUCGUUAUGUUGUCAGAAGAUCCAAUGUGGUGACUACAUAAUCAGGAAAAAGGUAAAAGAAACAAACAAAACAUAUCGUGAUACAUCCUAAUAAUAUUGUGAUAUAUGCUAAGGUCCAUAUCACCCAACCCUUGUAAAAAAAUAAAGUUGUCUACUUUGCGGAUUUACUGUAACCUAUUUUGGGAAACUCUCCUCUGCGAUAAACGAGGGAACACUGUAACAAGAAUAACAUAUUCACAGUCAAACACUUUUCGGUGAAUUAAUAGAUGACACCCCACUGCAGAAAAAAAUGCCCUUCAGAAUAAAAGCGCAAUCUUAAGACCUGCGAGCCACCAGUUGAGAAUCACUGCUUGAUCUAUUUUAAAAUAAUUGUGAUGCAUCACCUUUCACACAUUUUAUGUUUUGGUUGGAGCCUGCUUUGACAAUAAUUGCAAAUAUUCUGUUGUCUCAUUUAAUGCCUUCGUUUGUAUGGUGUAUUUCUAAUCAUCCUUGUCUUGCCAAACCGAGUGAAAUUAAAAAAAAAAACAGUGAUUACUCUAACUGCAUUAUUCUGUGAAGUUAAUUUGUUUACUGAGAUUGUUGGUGAUAAUUUUAUCGGUUCUAAAUAUUGUGAUGCCUUUGUAAGGUUAAUAAUGCUUUUUUUGUAAUUUGCCCUUUUGGGUCACAGCAGGUUUAUAAUAAGAGCAUGACAAUGCAAUGUUUAAGUUCUACUCUAUACGACUGUGCA